GAACUCGGAGCCGUCAGAUAGAAACCAGAGGGAGAACCCAGCAGAACCCGACCAGUAGAACCUCAGUGGAGCUGACCUGAGGAGAACUGGACCUACUUACUGCGCAGCUCAAACUAAGGGGAACCGGCUCCCUGAAGCACACACACACACACACACACACACACACUGUGGUGAAGAUGUCUCAGUCUUGAGGAAAUUUCCUGGAUUAUUUCUUUCUUUAACAGAAGUUCUGAAAGCCCCAUCAUGCCCGUCUUCAAAAACCUCCCGGAGCGCCUGAGAGGCGGCAGUCCGACCCUAGAAAACGCCUGGAUCCUGCGCAGGAUGAGCCUGAACAUAACGCCCUCCCACCGCAACCCCUUCCACCGCGACCACGAGGGCGGCGACCACGGCGACCACUGGUCGCCCGCCGGCUCGCUCCUGGACGGCGACGCACCGCGCGACCGCAACCCCUUCGAGGACGAGGAGGACGAGAACGAGGCCAACGAGGGGAAGAAGGGCGGCCGGGGCUCAGCAAAGGGCUCCUUCAGGUUCAAGUCGCCGCUGAAGACCCUCGGCAAGCUGGGGAGGAACCUGAGGCUGUCGGGGGGGAAGAGCAAAGGGGGCGAGUCGCCCUCGCCCCAGGGCUCGCUGCAAGGAACGCCGUCGCCCGCAGACAAGAAGAAGAGGGGCAGGAGGAGCUCCGAGGGAAGUCUACUGAGAUUUGCCGGUAAAUACCGUGACACGCUGAGCUCGCGUAAGGACUCGAUGGCCAACGGCGAGCCGAGCUGCUCGGAGAGCGAGUGUGACUCGGCCAGCCGCCGCCUAACCUUCAUGAAGAUGGUCGGCCUCGGCAAGACCAAGAGAGAGUCCCCCACCGACCACCCGGCCCCCGAGGAGCGGGAGGAGGAGGAGGUGGAGGAAAUGAAGCCCAGGGAACCGCUGUCAGUCCUGGAAAUCCUCCAGCUGGUGAAGAAGCGAGACCUCCUGUUGGCCGACACUCACAUCCUGGAGCUGGAGGAGGAGUGCAGCGAGUCCUUGGCGGCCGAGCGCGCCACCUCGCCAACGCCGGAGGACGGCGGCGCGGUGGGAAUGAAGGACGGCGGGCGGCGGAAGGCCAAAGACGUGGAGCUGCUGUACGAGGAGCUGCAGAAGGAGCUCUGGGCCGUCGUCAGGGAGUCCUUGCGCCUCCCGACCGCCGGACCGAACUUGGGCCUGGUGGUGCAGGUGCUGCAGCAGGAGGAGCAGGUGGACAAGGAUCGGGCCCCCGGGGGCCCCAGGCCGCGCCGCCUGAGGCAGCGCUGGAGGGAGGCGGUGGAGGAGGCGGCCAACGGCUCCCUGCCCCAGAGGGCCGAGUUCACCGCCGGGGAGCUGGUGGGCUACUUGGACCGCCUCCGGGUCCGGGUGGUGGAGGACCUGGGCGCCGCUAAGAGGAAUGUGGUCUCCAUCUACCCCGACGAGUACGAGCCCUUCCAGGUGUACAUGCAGAGCUACCACCAGGCAGUUGCUAGGCGACUAGAGGCCAUCACCGAAAACACCCUUAAGAUCACUGAUAUCUACUCACUGCUGGACUGGCUGCACAACAUCUACGCCAGGGACGUCCUGGGGACCGUGUGCAUCACGAGUCCCUUCAGCAGAUCCCAGCUGAGUCCAUUGCUUCCCUCAGAGACAGUGGACCGACUGGAGCUGGACUGUCUCAACUCAGUCAGGGCUAAAGUCACCACGGAGCUGAGCCAACUACUGGACGAGGAGGAGAAACGCUGGAUGGAGACGCUGCACAUCGAGGAGUACCAGAUCACUCUGGCCACGACAGUGAUACAGAGGCUUCAGGUGGAUCUCGAGCGUUCGGCCUCCAUCAACCCGAGUUUGGGCUCGCGAGUGGCUCAGUGCAGCCUCAACGGACUGGCCGACUUCCUCUUCAGUUUCCAGCGUAAAGUGGAGAUGUUUCAUGAGGGGAUGCAGAGCGGCAUGCUGGGAGACAACGAGGACGGAUACGUUUCCAGGACCAUUGCGCUGGUCAAUUGCUGCCCCCCCUUCAGGGGUUUUUUGCAGCGCUGUGCUCAGUGUGAUUCGUCUGUUGCUGAAGAUUCUCUUCAGAGAGGAAACCGAUCUUUGGAUCACAUCGUUCAUCAUGGAGUAAAAGUGCUGAGUGAACGACUCUACCUGCACGUCAGGCCUUCUUUCGAGCGCCUGGUGAAGAGAAAGUGGUUAAGCAACACGGAGCCCUACGAUCAGAUUGAAUCUCUGAUCAAAGAAUACUUCAAGAAGUAUCACAGGAUGGACAGUCCUCCGUACCAGCUGCUGGUGGCACAAGUCCACCAACGUGUGGUGAUGGAGUAUCUCCGCUCCGUCAUGAGAGGAAGAAUCAUCUGCACCUCCUUGAAGAUGAGGAAGAGGAUGGCCGGCCGGCUGAGAGACGAAGGCAGACAGAUUAAAGUCCUUUUCAAAGACCUGGAGUCUCCCUCCAGCUGGUUGGACGGCGCUCUGUCUCACAUCUCAGAGAUCAUCCAGCUGGAGGACGUCCCCUCGAUCCAGAUGGAGGUUGGAGUUCUGGUCCGAGAGUUUCCUGAUGUCAGGAAGAAGCAUGUGUCGGCCCUUUUGAACAUCCGGGGGACAACCCGGCAGUCGGAGCGCCAGGAGAUCCUCAACGUGGUCAAAGACAUCGAGAGCAUCGAUGGUCCCGGCUCCGGUUCCGGUCCGGGUUCUGCCGCCCUGUCCCGGCUGACCCGGGACCGCGCCCUCUUCUCCGAGGUGCCGGUCACCUCCGAGGUCCACUGCCUGAACCUGGGCCUGAGCCGCGUCGCCCUCACCGCCUCCUCCUGCUUCUCCACCUUCAGGCCGAGGCCGAGGAAAGCCCGGGCGCCGGUGCGGGGGGGCGCCGAGGACGUCCUCUGAGCAGCUGUCGGGUCUUUCACUGUCGCUUCUGGGCUUCCGUACUUAUUUCUGUGUGUUUAGAUGAAAAUUCAUUAUUGCGGAAUCAAACAUUUCAUGUGAUUUGAGUCCUGAAGGACUUUGCAGACUUUGAGCUCCUUGGAGAAUCGAUGAGAGGAAGCCGAGAAAGACCAAAACCAGGCGUCGACUCGUCUGAACCAGCACCAGCACACGAGGAGAGACGUUCAGGAAAAGAGGCUUUUACAGCUUUUUUUGUUGCACAUAAUGAAAUACAUUAAAAAGUAUUAAUCAAAGGUACUACGAUGAUCUGAGAGACGGAGUAUUUAAGGCUGUGAUUAUACUUCAGGCUCUGUGGUUUGAUGAGGUGUUUUAUAUAUAUGUGGGAUAAAUAUUACUUCUGUUUGGUGGUAAAAUACUUUUAUAUCAAUGUGGCCUUCAGGAACGCUCCGACAUCAUUCGCAAAAAGACCGUUAGACGUUUAUGGGAGAAUUAAACUUCUGUUAUAAAACUUCUGAUGAUGAAAAACAGACCCAACACUUCCUGUCAACUCCUUCAAAAUAAGAGGCUAUAGUUACAUGUGGCCACCGGAAGACAGCAUUCACACUCUGAAGAUGUAAGAUGAUGUGAAGACGAUCAAGUGUUUUAUUCUCUACAUGUGGAUGUUUGAAAUGAAUGUUUCUAUUGAAUCAACUUAAUUGACUUUAAUAAAACCGAUCAGAUCACCGACUGCUCGUCUGUUAUAUGUGUGAUUA